CUUUUGUGUCCUUCGAAGGGACGAAAUAUAUUAAUAUAUUAAUAUUCCUCGUAGUAGUCUACGAGGCAUGGACAAGUACAUCUGUAGAUGUAAAUAUGUUGACAAAUGUAACUUAGGCUUGUUGACACGUCUCGGCCAAACUGACUCUUGUAUUUUACAAGGUUAUGUCAAGCUCUCUUCGUACGUGUCCCUUCUUUGUGAAAUUUCUAGUAACAUAUUUGCUAUGACAUUAAGGAGUUGAAGUUGCAUAUUUUUUCUGUAUAAGCUCAAAAGUUUACAGGCUGGUUGGGUUUUCUUGCGAUGGAGAUGGGCAAAGAUUGCAUAAGAUAUCCGGGGUUCAAAUUUUCGCCAACAGAGGAAGAACUGAUACUAUAUUACCUGAGAAGGAAGCUUGACGGGUUUCAGAAGUGUGUUCAAGUUAUUGCGGAGAUCGAUAUUAAUCAGCAUGAACCCUGGGAUCUACCAGAGAAAUCUGUUAUUUGGUCAGAUAAUGAGUGGUUCUUCUUUUCUACUCGUAGAAAGAAGUACCCGCAAGGGUUUCAAAGUAGAAGAACAACUGAAUCUGGCUAUUGGAAAGCAACUGGAAGAGAAAGGAAUGUGAAAUCAGGUGCUCGUGUUGUUGGCACAAAGAGAACUCUAGUUUUCUACAAAGGCCGCCCCCCGAAAGGGGAAAGAACCGAAUGGAUAAUGCAUGAGUAUUGCAUGGUCGGAGUUCCUCAGGAUUCCUUGAUUGUUUGUCGCGUUCGCAAGAUAGGCGAGUUCAAAGAUGAUAUUAUUCCUCAACAAUUGGAUCAGGCAGGAGAGAGUAAUGAUCUUCAACAAAAGGACACAUUUGAUGGGCCUAUCUCCAACGAUAGUAAAUAUAGGGACAAGUUUCAAGGGUUCAAAAAAGGGUAUUCUAAUCCUCAUUCAGUUGAAUGCCACUCUGAAUCUGAAUAUGGUCAAAAACCAGAAAAUCUUAUAUUUUAUGAUGAAUCUUGCAGUUCGUCAAAGUUUCAGGGUUAUGACGGUAUUACAUAUGAUUGCUUCGCUAGUAUAUUAGAUGAUGACAUCAUCAAACUUCAUGGGUCUUCCUUAUCAUCAUCAUGUGCAGAUCUUCCGGGAAAAGAUAUGGUAAAAGAUAAUUUUAGUGAUUAUAAGUUGGAGCAACCAACCGAGGGUGUUCCACUUGCUACACUAUCUUCUAAUGAAAUAGAAAACCUAGAAAUUAGGAUAAAACAGAAACAACGACCUCCUGAAGCUAUUCCACCAGCUACGCUACCUUUUCAAGGAACAGCAAACCGAAGAAUUAGACUCAACUGGCAGCACAAAAAGAAACCUAUAACUCCAGUGGUAGUAUCUAGGUUUGGAGAUAACAUGUACUGUACUGUAGCAGACUCAGAGGAGUUGCCACAUGACUUGACAACUGAUCCGGUGUUGGAUCUGGCAUUGAAUCAUUGUCGCAUCAUGGUUUUUCUACUGGUGCUUCUACUGGUUUCGUGUUUCUGGAUGCUCAUUUGACAUGAUAUUUGCCAUGACAAAGUUGGGCCUAAUACUCACGGAGUUGAAGUCUGAUAUUUGUUGUUGGAAAUCCAAGUUUUAAAACAAGUCGUUCACCUGUUGGAAGAAGUCAAGCUGCUGCUAAUUGUGAAGGAUUACCAGUUUGGUACAUGAGACAUGUGUGUUUUAUGUAAUGUAUUGUGUUAAUUAUUUGACCCUUUAGAAUUUGGACUAAUCUUGUAUAAUAGUAGUGACUGAAUGUUUUACAUGUCUAACUGGUGUUUAUAAAUAUAAAGAACAUCAUACAUGUAAAAACAUAUACAUACAUAAUGUUUUUUUUCUAGUUUUUUUCUAGUGAAGUUCAUUCUCAAAUGAAGUGUUUGAAAUUAUGGGAAUGUAUGAGGAGAUCAAAUUGGGAGGCUAAACUUUAUAUAUAUUGUAA